GUCCUAUCUCUUCUGUUAACAAGUAGAUGAAGAUCCUUGCAUCACCGCACGAUAAAAAGUGGAAAGCCAUGUAAGAAACUCGAAAAACUACUGGUCACCCGUCAGCCAACCCAUGAAAGCAAAAAAAUAAAACCUCUUCCACUCGUACUUGUACUCCUCCCUCGAAGAAAACUCUCAUUACAGAACAGCAGCCAACGGGCCUUGAAAAACCAGUUCAACAAAAACGUAACCAGAACCCAGAAAAAGAAGAGAAAAUAGAAGGGAAGAAAAGAAACCUAACAAGUGAAUUGUAAACCACUUUGUAUCGAGUUAUAUUGAGAUGGCUGGUGUUCUGCUUUGGGUGAUUUGUCCAACAGAGAAUGCUAGUUUUGCUACAUCAAGCCUGUUAAGUUUAGUCCCCAAAAGUGGCUCCCAAGUAAGAAGGUACUCUAAAGUGUGUUCAAGACUCAAAUUCUCUACAGGGGUUUUUGCUGCUGCCUCCCUUUCAAGCGCAGUGGCAAACCCACCAAGAUCUUCAGAGGAGAAGGUGUAUGAGGUGGUUCUAAAGCAAGCUGCUUUGGUGAGGGAGCAGAAAAAAGAGAGAAUCUUAGAUGUUGUAGCAGGAAAUGAUCAAGCUGAGAGUAUGACUCGUGGGGAUCUGCUAAAUGGGGCAUAUAAUAGGUGUGGUGAUGUCUGUGCUGAGUAUGCCAAGACCUUUUACCUGGGGACAUUACUUAUGACUCCAGAGCGGCGAAGAGCUGUCUGGGCAAUUUAUGUGUGGUGCAGGAGGACUGAUGAGCUUGUGGAUGGACCGAAUGCUUCACAUAUCACACCCAAAGCUCUUGACAGAUGGGAGCAGAGGUUGAAUGACCUUUUUGAAGGUCGCCCAUAUGAUAUGUAUGAUGCAGCUCUAUCUAUUACUGUCUCAAAGUACCCUGUUGAUAUACAGCCCUUCAAGGACAUGAUAAAAGGAAUGAGAAUGGACUUGAAAAAGUCGAGAUAUAAGGACUUUGAUGAGCUUUACCUGUACUGCUAUUACGUUGCUGGGACAGUAGGGCUAAUGAGCGUUCCAGUAAUGGGAAUAGCACCGGAAUCAAAGGCUUCAACAGAAAGUGUAUACAAUGCAGCUUUAGCCCUUGGGAUAGCUAAUCAACUCACCAACAUACUCAGAGAUGUUGGAGAAGAUGCCAGGAGGGGAAGAAUAUAUCUCCCACAAGAUGAGCUCGCUCAAGCUGGCUUGUCUGAUGAAGACAUAUUUAAAGGGAAAGUGACAGACAAAUGGAGGAGUUUCAUGAAGGGACAAAUAAAGCGUGCAAGAAUGUUCUUCGACGAGGCUGAGAAGGGUGUCGCAGAGCUCAAUGCUGCUAGCAGAUGGCCGGUAUGGGCAUCUUUGUUGCUAUAUAAGCAGAUAUUGGAUGCUAUUGAAGUAAACGACUACGAUAACUUUACAAAGAGAGCUUAUGUGGGAAAAGCAAAGAAAUUGGCAUCGUUGCCUAUAGCCUAUGGUAGAGCGCUCAUGCUUGGUUCUUCUAAAUUUGCCGAGCCAGCAAGGAGUUGAUCAUUUCGAUUUUGUGCCUUGGAAUUUACAUGGCAUAUCAACCCCCUCCAACCCAAAAAAAAUAAAAAAUAAAAUUUAAGAGUCUCAAAGUCUGUAAAUUCCCAGCUUAUUUCAAAAGUGAAAUUAAUAAAAAUUCAUAAGUGGUUGUCAAUA